CCUAACCCGCAACAAGCGGGUAUUUCCUGCUGCGACCACGCACGCCGAGUAACCACAGACAUGGCUCUCACGGAGGUCGUCAAGGGCCCACCCUUCAUAAUUAAAGCUGUCGCACUGGUUUUAUCCAUUAUUAUAGCCUGUCUCACAACUAACCAGCAAGUUGGCUUAGGUCCUUCUACUCUUGUGCGCACGGCAGUUGUCGACGGCACGAUAGUAGCUUUUAUCAUUCUAGGUGUCCUAAUCCUCAUUGGCUAUUUAAUCGGGUCUCCUCUACACCUCUACCUGAUACUACUUUCUUCAGCAGCGGGAACUAUAUUGUUCUUCGUAUCUGGAGGACUUAUAUUGGAUUCAUACGUCCGAGAUCCUUAUAAAUAUGGUGAAGUAUGCGGUGCAGGAAUACUAGCCCUUAUUAAUGGACUCGUUUACGCUUGUGACGUAUUUCUGACAUGGAAGUACAGCUAGAUACUACCCACCCCGUGUUAAUAUGUGGCAAUACGUCUUAACAGUGUAUAUAUUACACCUAUCUGCUGUUCUGGUGAGAGGCACUCAGUUAGAGCUGUUUGAAACAUCAUCAAAUGAACUUGACCAAAAGCACCCUCAGCUUAAUUUCCUAACCGUCUCUUCACCUAAGGCAGAUAUUUGUUUUCAAACAGUUACAUUUGUGUAUAUAAUGUGUUGAAUAAGUUAUUAAACAGUAGUAUUAAGAUGUGGCGUUAAGUGUUGACAUCCAAAAGAUUUCAUUCAAGUUUCUUCUCUUGCUCUCAUAUUAAUUAAAUUAUUAGUGAAGCAUUCUUGAUUGAGAAGAACUGAUCUCGAAGUAGCUUUACAUAUAGAAACAUUUUCUUACAGAGAUAGACAUAAGGUGUCGUACUAACAUUUUCAGUGAGAUAACAUGAGCAGUGGCAGCCAGUUUGUGAGCGUUGGAUAUUGUCUAUCCAUAGACCGUCAUUUGUAAUUUUUAUGUCUAAUGAAAGAAUGACAAUCAGAGUCUACAGAAAAUUAACUAAUAAGAGUGUGAUGUUAUAUUCAAAGAGGUCAUAAUGUAACACGUUCCGAUCCUCCCAAAAUUGUGAAAAUCUGUAUAUAAUUUCUCUUAGCUGAUUUGUCU